AACUCGACCCUCCCUAGCAGAUCUCUCGGGAUGUGCACGUCGUCCUCGGCUCAGCUUUGAUCGCGGUAUUUUCCGCUCCGAACCUUGAACAUGAACUGAACGUGGACGAUGUUGGUCUGUCAUGGAGUCAGAGGGCAGCCAGAAAAAAACGCCUCAAGCCGACGAAGCGAGCGUCUCUGAUAUUACUGUGGAACUGGCUACUGUUGAUGCCACACUGAAUAAACUCUGCAAAAAGUACAAUCGGACGAGACAAAAGGGAAAGAAGAAAAAGAGGAAAAAGAGCCCUUACUGGAAUUUGCAGAAUCUCACUAUCCUUCUGACUGUGGUGAUUUUUGUUGUGGUGCUGAUCAUGUGGUCGCUGCUCUGGGUCUUUUUAUUUCGACUGGAGAACAGCAACAGCAUGUACUUUGCGGGAAUGUUUCGUGUUGCUGAUGUGGAAUUCCUGCCAGAAUACCGGCAUGCAGAGUCCAGCGAGUUCCUCUCCAUGGCAAGCAGGAUCCAACACAUAGUGAGCAGCGUGUACAGAGCCUCUCCUGUGGCCAAACUCUACAGGCAUUCUGUCAUAUCAGAUCUGAGCAACACCAACAAGGGUGGCCUCCUGGUCUACUUCUGGCUGGUGUUUGCGGCCCCACAGCAGAGGAGCCCAGCCAUGUGUGAGGAGUGUGUUGGUGCCGUCCUACGCGACUCUGUGCUCACCAGCCUAAAAAACCGCUCUUCCAUUGGGUUCUUGCUCAGCUUACCAGUGGAUAUUGACUCCAUCCUCAUCAAUGCUGCCAUGCGCUCAGACUAUUCCGGCACGGCAACAGACUCUAAGUGUGUGGAUAAGCUGUAUGCCGGCCUGCCAGGGAUCUCCGUGCCCCUGAAUGUCUUCUCGUCCUGGGGGGGCCUGAGCUGUCAUGUGAAGCUGACAGCGGCUGCCGGUUGCCUCAUCCGCCUCAGCAUGGUGGCCUUCCGCAUUGAGCCCAGUGGCUGUGCGGGUGACAGCGUGACCGUGUACGAUGCACUGCUCCCAAUCCGAAGCCGCAUGCUCUACAGGCUCUGUGAGCCCGUGUCUGAAGCCGUCCUACUCAUCUCCACGGGGAACGUAAUGCUGCUGUCCUUCAGAAUGACCCAGGGCAAUAAGAGCUUUCGCGGAACCUUCCAGGCCAUUCCAGAAGAGCCAUGCUUUGCUACGAUAGAGAUGCAGAGAGAGGCUGCUUUUACUGGGGCAAUCAGCAGCCCUUUCUACCCCAGCCUGCUCCCACCAUCCUGCACAUGCACAUGGCACUUCCAGACUCCACAUGAUAGUUUAGGUGUGGCCUUGAAGUUCCACAACUAUGUUCUAAAACUGAAGGACUUGAAGGCUUGUGAUCAUGGCUGGUGGAAGGUGAACGAGAUCAUAUACUGUGGCAGCUACAUUGACCAUCCCACCAUCUUCCAUAUUGCAUCACCGAAUGCUGAGGUGUUGUUCCUCUGCAGUUCCCAGCGCGCUGACCUGCCUUUCACAGCCGAUUACGGCAGCUUCACCAUCAGUCAGCCGUGCCCCGAGGGACACUUCCACUGUGGCACAGGUUUCUGUGUGGAGCCCUGGCGUCGCUGCGAUGGUCUGGAUGACUGCCUGGAUGAGAGUGAUGAAGUCUUCUGCACGAAACCUCCCAAAAACUGUGAGAGCCCCACCCCCCUCCACCCUGUCUACAUCUGUAAUGGGGAGAUGGACUGUCUGGAUGGCCAGGAUGAGACAAACUGCACUCUGGAGACGAGCUGCUUAGACAUCCGUUUCAGGUGCGACACCGGAGCCUGCAUCCGGAAGAGAAACGCCAAGUGCGACGGCGCCCGUGACUGUCUGGACGGUAGCGAUGAGAGUGACUGCGCCUGUGGCCAACCAAGUAUAGGACAGGAGCGUGUCACUGGAAUGUGGGAUGGCUCAAAGCUGGAGCGCAUCGUGGGGGGCGUGGCUGCUUCAGAAGGGGAGUGGCCAUGGCAGGUCAGCCUGCUCUUCGCUGGUCAUCUUUAUUGCGGGGCAGCAGUCAUCGCUUCACAGUGGCUCCUGUCAGCAGCACACUGCUUCAGCAAGGACAGGCUGACAGACCCACGGCAGUGGACCGCUCACCUGGGGAUGCUGACACAGGGCAGCGCAAAGCAUGUAGCGGAGAUCCAGAGGAUUGUGGUGCACCAGUACUACGACGCUCGCACCUUUGACUAUGACAUCGCGCUGCUGCAUCUGCGCAGAACGUGGCCAUCAUCACUGGCUGCGUACAUCCAGCCUGUGUGCCUGCCCCCUCCUUCCCAGCUUCUGCCCAGUGGACUCCGGUGCUGGGUGACUGGCUGGGGCUACAGGUCUGAGGAGGAUAAAAUUCUUCCCAUGAUCCUGCAGAAGGCUCAGGUCCAAAUCUUCAGUCAGAGCGAGUGCAAGCGGACCUACAGCCCAGUGUCUCCACGCAUGCUGUGCGCAGGGGUGCCCUCAGGAGAGCAGGAUGCCUGUCGGGGUGAUUCGGGGGGUCCGCUCUCAUGCCAGGUGCAGGAUGGGGGCCACUGGUUCCUCGUAGGCAUCGUGAGCUGGGGGGCCGGCUGUGGGAGACCCAACCUGCCUGGGGUUUAUGCCCGUGUGGCUAAGUUCAGCGCCUGGAUCCAGAGCUACACCCUUUGAGUCAAAGUGACCUGUGCAGCAUUUUUUUCCCCACACAAAUGUAUCAGUGCAGCAGCUUCUUCCCACACAAACGUCUCAGUGCAGCAGCUUCUUCCCGCACAAACGUCCCAGUGCAGCAGCUUCUUCCCACACAAAUGUAUCAGUGCAGCAGCUUCUUCCCGCACAAACGUCCCAGUGCAGCAGCUUCUUCCCACACAAACACUGCUACCCUCACACCCUCUAGCCCUGGUGUAGUGUCCUAAUCACACAAUUUCAUGACAUGUAUGUGUGUUUAAAUGUUUCUUUGCACCUUGGAUCUAAUUUUAUAAAAAGAGCUUGGCCAUCAGCAUAAUGUGAAAGGCUGGUCUGUUGUAUAUUAUCCUGUCAGCAGCCCUGCAUGCUGUUAAUGGCUUUUGGUGGGUCUCUAAUGGAACAGUCAUUUAUCAACAAAUGGACACAAAUGGACUUUAAAUAAAUAACUGUAACGAUCAUCCUCUUACUUUAGCUAAUAACUAUCAUUUAAUCUAGAAUGAAUAAUUAUAUGAAUUCUUUACCAUAUUAAUGGACGUACAGUACAUUGUUUAAAUGAAUUUCAUGUUAGUGUAAAGCUAUAGUUUUUGUUCGUCUAAACCUCUCCUAACGUCACCCUUGUAUUUGCAGUACCAAUGUCUGUUGACUCGACCACUAGUAUACCUGUUUGGUUAUUCAGUACCACAUCAACUUAACUAAUUAAGUUAAGAAAUUUAAUGAAUGUAUGGAAUGGCUGGGGUGCCCCUGAGGAGAGAUUUGGGAACUGAAGUGGUGUUCAUCAAGCCAUCGAACAAAGCCUCAGUAACGUUUUAGAAAAUAAUACAAAUUCUUCACUUUCCAUUAUGUUGUUAUUCAUUUGCGAGUAUUCUAAUGUUACGUUGUCUUUUUUUCAGAAAAUGUCCACCUACUACACAGAAAAACAAUAUUUUCUUUCACUGCUUCAGUCUUUUGCAUAGUACUGUACCUAAUGGAGCACUUCAGCUUGUUCCCAAGACCACAUAGCAGAGUCUCCCCCGCCCCCCCAAAUUACCCGGAGCCACAAUGCAUGAGGGAGGUUUUUAUGGGUGAAAGUAUACAGGACUGUGCAAAAGUCUUGCAAAAGGCAAGCAAAGGAAAUGAUGUUUAGAUUAUCCUCGUGUUGGUGUAAAACUAUGAUAUUAUGCCUGUCAAAGUGUGUCAGCUUAGCCAUUGCAGAACCUCUGCUAAAAUCAUCUUAGUAUUUGCAGCGACCGUCCAGUGCAGCCAUGUAUUUUUUUGACUUGGCCACUAGCACACCUCAUACAGUACAGCUAGUCAAUCUGUCACUGACUUUUUAAACCAAUAUAUUUAAUUAUUUAAUUGAGCUGUUGGAGAAAUUUAACAAAAUCAUGGAACGGCUGAGGUGCCCCUGAGGAGAAGUUUGGGAACUGAAGCGGUGUUCAUCUAGCCAUCCAACUAGAUAUCAGUAACUUUUUAGAAAACAGAAGAAAUUAUUACUAGUUUUUAUUGCGUUACUCUUAAUUUGCACAUUAAUUUUAAAUUGUGUUUUUUUUUUGUACUAAGCCAAAGUACACUUGCUACCCACAAUCCAAGAAACCAGGAAAGCAUAUUAUUUUCAGUUUAUCUUUUGAAAAAUGUACUCUGAACAACUUGACGCUUGGUUUAUACUAAUAUAUUUAGUACUACUGUACUAAACUUUUGACGUUUGUCAAUUUAUAAAGCCGGGUUGUACUGUCUGAAUCCCAUAUCACAGCAGUGUCAUAGCAGAAAUCCUGCUAUUUCAGUGUUCAUAUUGGUAAAACCACGUUUGACACCACGUCUUCACAGAGCAAGUGACCGAACAAGCCGAUUUCUGUGCGAUAGCUUUACAAAAGCCGCCAAUGGUCCUGGGCAAAAUAAACGCAGAAAGCGCCGCAGGCGAUACAUGCCCAGUGCUCUCGCUCUCC